AUCCCACCAGAAUUCACGUGUCGCGAACCCACUGCGAACCAGAAAGUGCAUACAUCAUGAGUAACGAAGAUACAAUAAUGAGCAACACGCCGCUCACACCACGCGACGAACCCGAACUCACUUCACCAAUGGUGGACUUCUCUCCUUCAACCGUGCGCUACGACGAAGCCUUUGAAAAUAGCCUCAUGGAUCUCAUUCUCAACCCACCACCCGCUCCCUCACCACGGAAACCCUCCCAAGACAUCCCUACAAUCUCCGCAUCACAACUACCCAUACCACUCUCCUCGCAUCUCCGCACCCACAACUCUGCAAUACCUGGUCUAUAUCUCACUCAUAAGAACGGGUAUCAUACUGGCGGACCGGGACCCUCACCGCAUACGGUCCAGGAGUUUGCAGAUCGAUUCAUACGAGAGCACGGUAUCGAAGAUGCGGGGCAGCUGGAGAGGGUAGUGGAAGAUGUGGUGAGGAGUAAGAUGGAAGAGGUCAAGGAGCGCAUGGAGAGGAGGAAGGAGGUUGUGGAGAAGAACAAGGCGGUGGAGAGGGAGUUGGAGGACCUGAGGUUGCAGCGAAGUGCUGAGUUGAGGGUUAUGGAGAGGGUUAAGGGAAAGAAGCAAUAAGGCGGGGAAUUAGAGGGGAGAGAUGCAUUUGCUUGGUUGGGAGAUUCCGGGGAAAGACUGGAAGGCGAGAAUUUAUGAUACCCGAC